AUGGCCGUCCCAGAUCAUAAGCCUGCUUACGACAAUACGUCGCAGCUCUCGGAUCUCGAGAAGGACCUUUCGGAUAGCUCCGACAGAGUCGCUGGAUUUGCAGAUCCCGAUGCUGGGUUAAGCGAUGAAGAGAGGGCGAAGAUUGAUCGUAGGCUUCUAUGGAAGCUCGACCUCCGCCUGCUCCCCUGGCUGAGUUUGUUAUACCUCGUGUCCUUCCUCGAUCGGACCAACAUCGGGAAUGCCAAGAUCGUCGGUCUCACCAAGGACCUGAAUAUGACUCCGAACCAGUAUAAUGCCACGUUGACAAUCUUCUUCAUCUCAUACUCGGUUUUUGAACCAUUGACCAACGUUCUACUCAAGCGAUUGCGACCGAGUAUCUUCAUUCCACUCAUCAUUAUUUCCUGGGGUAUUUGCAUGACACUCAUGGGUAUUGUGAAGAACUAUUCGGGUUUGAUGGCAGUGCGCUGGUUCCUCGGUCUCAGCGAAGCUGGUCUCUUCCCCGGGGUCGGAUACUUCUUGUCAUGCUGGUACAAACGCUCCGAGUUUGGCGUGCGAAUGGCCAUUUUCUUCUCGGCGGCCGCACUGGCUGGUUCAUUCGGUGGCCUACUCGCUGCAGCGAUCGCCAACAUGGACGGAAUCGGAGGGAAGGCAGGCUGGUCAUGGAUCUUCAUCCUGGAAGGUCUCAGCUACCUUCCUGAUCGGCAUCGCAUCCUUCUGGCCAAAUUUUUGUCGCCGGAUGAUCGGCAGCGUGUCCUGCGCCGUCUGGCGUCUGAUCAGCAGUCGAGUGCGGAGCAUGAGGAGUUUAAGAUGUCUUACUUCUGGGCCAGUGUCAAGGACUGGAAGACUUGGACUGGCGCUGUGAUCUAUAUGGGUGCCGAUGGUUCGCUUUAUGCGUUCUCGUUGUUUGUGCCCACUAUCAUCCGCGAACUAGGUAUGAAAGAUGGACAUUUACCUCACACCUCGAUUCACGCUCAGCUCUUGAGCGUGCCCCCGUACGCAGUGGCAGCCGUUCUUACCGUGGCGGUAGGAUUCCUUGCAGAUCGCACUCGCCAGCGGGGACUGUGUAACAUCGGAGUGUCACUUCUUGGAAUCGUCGGUUUCUGUAUGCUAUUGGGAUGCAAGACCGCCGGCGGACGCUACGCCGGAGUUUUCCUUGGGGCGAUGGGGAUUUAUCCUGCGAUCGCCAACACCAUCGCCUGGGCCAGCAACAAUACAGAAGGCGUUUACAAGCGCGGCGUGACUCUCGGUUUCAUUAUCGGAUGGGGAAACCUGAACGGCAUCGUCUCAUCCAACAUCUAUCGGGAUCAGGAUGCACCGCGAUUCUACCCCGGUCAUGGCGUUGUGCUUGCUUAUCUUGUCCUGUUUCUCUGCGGAGGCUCGAUAUUGCAGUACUUCCUGCUUCGUCGCGAAAAUCGCAAGCGUGUGCGUGGUGACCGUGAUCACUGGACCGAAGGUCUGGACCAAAGUCAGAUCGAGCUGCUCGGAGACAAGCGGCCGGACUUCAUAUAUACUCUGUAA